CCUGCGAUGUCAAAAUCAUAACAAGCCUGUCGUUUCUGCCAUGAUGUCGAAUCCGCGUAAAUUUAGCGAGAAAAUAGCACUUCAUAAUCAGAAACAGGCCGAAGAAACAGCAGCAUUUGAAGCCAUUCUGAGAGAUGUAUCGUUUGCAACCAAGUGUACUUCACAGAAGAGCUACCCUCCACAGCAGCACCUACAGUUGCAUCAAAAUAUUGGGACACAGUAUCGCGCCGGAUCGCUGCCCAAUGUCAAUCAGAUGGCCACAAAUUCUCCCAUUGAUCUUCCAACUGCUCUGAGGGAUUUUGAGAGCAUUCGAGCUAGCGGGCCAAUACAUAACAGAGUGGACGGGCGAAUACACAAUGUUCGUGACAGGGGCAGACAACUCGGGCCACACAGAAGAGCUUUUCCCAUGGAUAAACAAAGGAAUGACUGCUCCCCAUAUGGUGCAGCGUACCUUUCACCUCCUCCUGAUACAAUAUGGAAGAGGACUCAAAUGAUUCGAAACCACGAUUUACCACGAACAAAUUCGGACUCUGCUAUUCACACCAGUACAAUGGGACCUGCGGUCAGUUCUGACCUGGACAACAUGCCCAGUCCUACAACCCCCCCUCCUCAUCGCAGAAUUGUGGAAAUGGUGGGAGAGAAUAUGGGGAAUGACAACAUGAGGAAAGGAUACUGGGACCCCAAACAGAUGCCUGGUUCCCGACCCAAAUCCUGCGAAGUUCCAAACAUCAAUAUUUACCCCUCUGCUGAACAAGAGAACAACACAGGAGGAGUUACAGUUCCAAUAACAAAUAAUACUGGCUCAUUGCCUGACCUUACAGUCCUGCACUUCCCUCCUCCUCUCACCACCCCUCUAGAUGCUGAACCAGACCAAAACUAUGGUGCCCAACCCACCAACCUCUCUCCUACUAGUGCCCAUCAUGUUGGAAUGGUGCCACAGCAGUCAGCUAGUCCACAGGCCCAGAGCCCUGCCCAAAGGCGGCGGCCACACCAGGGUGGUCCCAGUCCACUUGUUCUGAGCAGCUCCCCCUCACAACAGAUGAGGAUGCCCCAUUCACCACCAGUUAGUGUUCCUAAUAUCGACCCUAGUAAAUUGCCCAUGGAUCCGCGGAUAAAGCAACAGUUUUUGUUACACUUACAUCAGCAGCAGCAGAGACAUAGGGCACCCAAUCAUUCAUAUCAGUCGCAGCCCCACUCCAACCCCCACCCCGGGGGAGUGGGGGCACCCCACCCAUCUUCACAGCAGCCUCCAAAUAACUCGGUCUUACAGAAUCCUCAACAAAGGUUACCACAAGUCUGUAUAACCUCCGCCGAACAAAAUGAUUCUCAGCCUUCAUUAUCACAUUAUAGAAACAGUGUAUCAGAAAACUGUCAGUCACCCACAUCACCACACUCCCAACCAUCGUACUCCCCCUCCCAGUCUCCUGGACUUCCCCCCUCCACAUGGAAUAAUUUUGACAACUACCAUCUACAGCAACAACAGCAGGCUCUUCAACACCAAUUUGAACAGUUCAAAAUGUCACCAGACAACCAUUAUUCAAGUGCUGACAAUUUAAAUCUCUCUAAUGGAGUCAGUAGUGGGAGCUAUACCACUUCUCAGCCCUCCGUUAACAUGUCUCAGGCAAUGAUGCAUGGCCUGACAGGGAGUCAGGAGUUUCACCAGCAGCCUCAUCCCUAUUACAUACAGCAGGCUGAUGUCGGGGGUGGAGGUCCUUCUCGAGGUAUGAACCAAGGUCAGCUUCAGCAGUCCCCUCACCACCUUUCUCACCACAGCAAGAUUCCUGAUAUUGUAUUUAAUGGAGCUGAUGAUACAAAUUCAUAUCAACAAGACUUUGCUAAAGAAUUGGGUAAUGCUAUUACAGGGAUGUCAGAGAAUUUUGCAGAUGAUUUGUUUGCGUCGGAUGAAGAAGUUCUUAAAGUGGGAUUAGGCCCCUUGGAUUUCGAUGGACUUCAGAUGUUAACGGACCCUAAUUUGAUUACGGACCCUGCUACUGAGGACAGCUUUAAAUUAGAACAUAGGUCCUAGAUCUGUGCUCUACAUGUGAACUUAGUAUCUCAAAUAAUUUAUUAUAAAAUGGCCUCCAAGCAUUUUAUAGUUGUGUAGAAUUUUAAUAGUUUUCAUUUGAUGAUAUCAGUUCAUUAGUUGCAAACAGAUAUGCUUUUCUGUAGCCUCACUGUGAAGAUGCCUCGUAUGUAACUAGCAGUCACCAUCUUAUUUCUGUAUCAGGAUUCAUACUUAUUUAAGAGGUCAGUGCUUUCCAAGAUGAUGUGUGCUAUUAUCCUAGCAAUUUGGAUAUGGUGCAGCAGUGAUGUUGAAGUACAUCUAUUAUUUAAUGAGCACAAGUGCUAUGUGCUAAAAAUUGAAGAAAAAAAUCUGAAGUAUUAUUUAUUGUCAACAAAACUGCCACCAACCAAUUCUUCAAGACAUUCCAAAUUAUUCUGCAACAGAUUCUUGUUAUUUUCUGUUAUGUGUGUUGCCUUAUGUACAAUAUCUAAAGGAGAUCAUCUAGAAAUUCACAUCACAGGAUUGACGGACAAUCAAAUUCUCAAUUCAAGGAUUUAUUUAUUCUGUAGUGUAGUCUCUAAGUGCUUUAUUUUUACUUCUUUGUUGCCUGAGCCAUAUUUGUAAAUUAUUAAGAUAAGGUUUCACCAGAAUCCCUAUCCCCUCCCCAGUAUAUGUGUAUCAUUCUUCUACAGAGCCUGCUAAAUCUGUUUUUCUGCACUAGUUUUAAAAGUAAAUGUAAGAAGUUACGACGAUUGCUUGUAUUUUAAUUUUUGUAUGGAAACACAAUGUAUGCCAAUUUUUGCAUAGAAAUAAAGUAAAAAAAAAAUUUCUGUAAUAGGAAUACAUAGUCUUAAGAAAUACAACUGCAUUAAACAGUUAAUGUGGGUUGUUGCACAACCAAAUGUAAAUAAUCUUACAAUUAAGUUUUGGUUUGUGACUAUUUCAUCAGCUUUUUGUACUUUUCACAAGGCCCAGCCCAUCCAACUUUCAUAUGAAACUUACGAUACACAGUUAACCUCAUAUAUAUUACAUGUACUAUCAAGACAUGAACAUAAAGAGGCCUAUAGAAUCUCAGAUGACUAAAUCAAGUCUCUGUAUUUAGUCUUAUAAGAGCUGCUUGCACAUCCACAUUUACUUACAUACUUAGAUUUGAAAAAUUAGGAUAUUGAACUAUAAGUAGAAUGUUAAACAUAUUUAUUUGAUAUUCAAAUGAGAGACUGGAUAACUUUUGAUAUUUGUAUAGAAUUUUUUGUUUCAAAGAAAAUCAUCUCUUCAGUAGUUUUUAAAAUCCCAUUUGUACAUUAUUGUAAGAGUAAAUAUUACACACUUUUAUUACAUGUACUUGGUAUUUGCUGAAAUUAGGCAGGCAAAUCGAGGGUAAACUUAAUUUCCCAGAGCAUAUAAAUGAUAUAGUGUAAAACAACCAAAAGCUAGUCGUACAUGGGUGUGUAGGCUUAUUUCCAGUGUUAUACCAGUGAUGAUGCAGGACAGAUAGUCUUAGUUAAAAGAAUUUUAAUAACAAGAAUUACUGGUUUUGUUGUUGAACAAUAAUCUCAUUUUUUCAUAAAUGUGUAAUUAUAAUAUAUUAAAAUGAAAUCAUAAUAUAUAAUUAAUAUUUGCAUGUCCAUACUAUAGUAAUUCAUAUGCAGUAUACUAGCUGUCACAUACGAGGCUUCAUUUUCAAACUGAGACGCUGAAACUUUCUGAAGUUGGGGUUGUAUAAUAAAUUGUCCAGCCACAUGCAGAAUCUGCAGUAACUUUCUUUGGCAGCUACAUGUCUAUGUAUUGCUUUGAGAAAAGAUGAGGCCUUGGCUGUCAAAUUUGUCAAUGAAUGGAAAAAAAAUCAUUUAAAUCUGUAUUAAGGACAAGUCAAAUUCAAAGUCAGGUGUACCAAAAUAACAACAUUGAAAGAAAGUGGAUGCAAAGGCUUCAAACUUCAUUAAAUGAUGUUGACAAACAAGCUUUCUUCCUUCUCAAUGAUUGGCAUCAACACAAAAAGACUGUAGGACCUAUGUGAUUUAUAGAGCUAGGAAGGAAGUCUAAAAACUAAAAUUGCUCAGUAUUAGUUUGGGCAUUGUUGAAUUUGAUAUUACAAUUUUACUGUAAUUUACAAAAUGGCAUCCAAGAUGAUAAGGUUCACAGAAAGAAUUGAAUGAAGAAGCUGUUCGCUUUUCAUAUAAAACUUAAAUUGAUCAAAAUUAAUUUUUCUUGUUUAAUGAAGAAUAUUCUUUAAUUUUAUCGAUUUUUAGUGUAGAUUUUUAUUCCUUUAAUUAAUGGUAUAAAACAUGAUUUGUGUAUAUUAGUGCAAUCUGUCUUUUGUACUUUAUAAACAUACUAUUCUAUGUAUGACAAGCUUAAAUCCAUGACGGUAUUUUCUAAUGUGAACACAGCCAUCUAUGUAUGUAGACAUUUGCCUCAACAUUUGAACUGAUAGGACCUCUCUUUACACUUUGUAUAUCACUUGACAGAGACCUGUAGUGCACUGUUUUGUUGUUGCCUUGUAUGAUUCUGUUUGAUAUGUGAUGUUUGUGAUAGAUGUCUGUGAUCUUACUCAGAAACUACUUAACAUUGUUAGUAAAAUGUAUCAAAAACUUCAUGUGCACAAACCACGUAGAAUCAAAAAAAAAAGAUUGUGAAAAUUGUCAAGGGUGUCUGAAAAUCCUAUAACUUAAUGUUUAAUUAAAGCCUUUACUUACAGCAUGAUACCCAGGACCUCUUGGAAAAUAAAUGUUGAAAAUUACAGGAGUAAACAGAGGGUUGAUGAACCGUAGAUGAGUUAACAAUGGAGUUGUAACUGUAAAAAAGACAUAAAGUAAGCUUAUAUUUAAAAACGGGG